UCAUAUGGCGGGGUCCUAAAGUCACAGCAUUACCAGCUCGUGUCCUGAGAAGUUUGUGGAACUUUUUUCGCUUUGAGAAAGUUCUCCUUGGGUUAAACAGGAGUCUUUUCAGUGGCCUUUCUUUGAACCUUUUGUUUUGGUUAGAGGGACAAUGUGGCCGACGGUGGUGUUCUCGCUGUUUGUGCAGUGGUCUGUGGGCGCCGGCGCCUUCACGCAAUCCCUGGACAGCGACUUCACCUUCGCCUUACCCGCGGGACGAAAGGAGUGUUUUUACCAGACCAUGGAGAAAGACGCCUCCCUGGAGAUUGAAUAUCAGGUUCUGGACGGGGCCGGUCUGGAUGUGGAUUUCUACCUGUAUUCUCCCAGCGGCCAUGUGCUGUUCUCUGACUUUAGGAAGUCUGACGGAGUUCACACAGCGGAAACGGAGGCGGGCGACUACAUGUUCUGCUUCGAUAACUCCUUCAGCACGUUGUCUGAGAAGGUUAUCUUCUUUGAGCUGAUUCUGGACAACAUGGGCGAAGGAGAGGACUCCGAAGACUGGAAAGAGUACAUGCAGGGCGCCGACAUGCUAGACUUGAAACUGGAGGACAUCAUGGACUCGAUAAACGGCGUGAAGGCUCGCCUGGGGAAGAGUCUCCAGAUCCAGACCGUGCUGAGAGCCUUUGAGGCUCGCGACCGAAACCUGCAGGAGAGCAACUACGAGCGGGUAAACGUCUGGUCCUGCACCAACAUGGUGGUGAUGGUCCUCGUGUCCUGUAUCCAGGUCUACCUGCUGAGGAGUCUCUUCGACGACAAGAGGAAAACGCGCACGUGAGCUUAGCGGAGCCCUCCCGGACACACUAAAGCUCAGGGAGAAAUGAAAACACCCACCCUCAUUCAGGACUGAACUCAACUCCUUAAUUCCUCUCACUGUCCACUUAUGUUCUACUGAAGACAAUCGAUUUUCCUGCACAGGCUGAGCUGAGGACAACCCAACAUAAGAGACUUGCAACCCUAUGCUGCUACGUCGUAGAGACAUCACGUGAAGCCCGGCGCUUGGUGGGGGGAUUUUUUUUUUUUAAACAGGCGCAAAGAAUUAAUGAAUGGAUAUUUUUGGAUUUUUCUAUGAUGCCAAUUUUGUAGUGAAAAUUCAUUAAGCCAUUAACUGUAGAAACCUUUUCAGGCACUGAGACAGAUCACUUUGGUUGCUUGUUUUCUUUUGUCAAAGCCUUGAGUUUAAUUUUAGGAACCUGAACUAAAACAUGGAGAAAUUUCAUAUCUGGCUUGCAUUAACAUUUUCCCCAUAGUUCUGAAAGCCCG